UGUACAUAUGACGUGGAAUGUGUAUAAAAUUCCCUAAUGUAGUCCCUGUCCUCAUUUUUAAACCCUAAAAUUUCGUUGGCCUUCCCAUUGAGGUUCUCUUCAUCAACGUCUUCUUCUGCAUCUCUUCUGUACACCGAUAGCUGUCCACCAUGAGAGGAAGUGGGAGCCAUGUUGCAGGAAGUUCCAACCGGUCAUCGUCGACGGAGAACUGGAGAAGAAGCACGACGCGAAGUAGGCAUGGACGGGUUCCGGACUGGUGCGGCUGUGGUUGUCGCCCGGUGCUAAGGUGGUCUGGGACGGAGUCGCAUCCUAACAAGCCCUUCUUUGGUUGCCCCAACUAUAAUACAAGUGGAAAAACAUGGUGUGGGUUAUUCGUCUGGGCUGAUUCUGUGCAAGAGGAGUUGUCUGAAGGAGCUGUUGCAAGAGAUGAUGAUGGUGACAGGAAGAUGAACUUUGCAUGGCGGAUGGGCAAGAUGGAGGCAGACAUUAGGAAUCUGAAAUUCAUAACUCAUGUUCUUGGAUUUGGGUUCUUAGUAAUUGUUGUUUUUGUAGGAUUGGUGCUAUUAAAGGGUUGAGAACAUGUCAAUGUAAUGCAGUUCCCAAAUUAAUGAAUGAAACUGUUAUGUGGUAACAUAACAAGGUUUGUGUAAAUCAUCUUACUUUGAUAUAAUAUAAUAUCCUGUUGGAUGAAGUAAAAGAACUUGUAAAUAAGUAACAGCAAGAUUGAUCCAAACCAUGGACAGUAUUAAUUGAUCAAUACCAAAAUAUGGCAAACCAUUCAUAGUUUUAACACAUUACAACCAUAAGUAAUUGAACAAGUAGCAUGACAUACUUGAUUAGUAAUCAACAAAAUGAACCAUUGUUUAGAGUGAGUACAGUCACUGUAUCUUUUAACAAAAAACUAACACUUGACAAGCAAAAUGUCCUAAUGUCCUAAUAUGAAAGUUCACUUCUUUCGGGGGUGCUUAAAUCCAGGAGUCGGCACAAACUUCAGAAAAUUUGUGAAUCGUGAAGCAGUGGCAGAACUCGCACCCUUCAUUGGGUCCAGUGCUGUAGAAGGGGUUGUUGGAGGUGACCUUCUUCUAGUAGGCAGUUUGGCAGGUCUUGUGGCUGGUUCCCCGGUUACUUCAG